AUGCACUCCUUCGCCGGCAUGUGGCACGGCGGGGCGCCGACGCUGCACGGUCAGGAGGCCUCCCGGGGGCGUACCCUGGAGUGCGCGUUCCUGUCGAGCGUGGCGAUCGGGGGCCUGCUGUCGGGCCAGCCCCCCGAGGUGAUGGCGAGCCACGUCGAGAGCGCGCAGGCUUCCGCGGCGAGCUGCCGUGGCCUUUCCGACAAGCACUCGUCGUCGGCGCUGGUCCUGAGCGGCAUGAUGAACUUGCUGCUCCCGGGGGAGCGGUCGAGCGCCGCCGGACGGAGGUGCCUGGACGAGGCGGAGGCGAUCUUCGAGGCCCUGCCCGAGAGGGAACCGCUCGUGGCGGCCAUCCUGACGUUCCGGAGGCAGGUGGAGAGCCUCGCCCUGAUCGACGCGGCGACGCUCUGCCCUCCCCCCCGCUCCCCUCCUACUUCUUCGUCCGAUGGUAGCGCACCAGCUACCACUGCUGCUGGUGGUGGUUCUUCCAGGAAGCCUCCCAGAAAGGUGGUGGCGCCUCCUAGAGCUUCUUCCUCGUCUCCCGAGGCUGGCGGUGCCGGUGCUAGCGGCGGCGAUGUGUCUUCCUCUGGGGGGGAGAAGGGCUCGGCUGUCGCUGCUGCUUCGGCUUCGGCUGCGGCUGCGGGUGACGGCGAGGCCCACACGGACGAAGGAAGGUCGAUCCUGGCGGGCGUGGACGUGGUCCGGCGGGACAGCAAGUGCGCGCCCCUGACGGCCCAGCCCGCUCACCCGUCCUUCGUCGUCGCUGACGCCCUGCUCCUCACCGUGCGGUUCAUGCGCGGGGGGGGCACCGGCGGCAUCUCGCAGCUGCGGCACGUGCACGACUUCGUGGCCUCCGAGCUAAACCGGCUCGUUCCGGCCAGGGCAGGCGCCCUCGUGCUCAUCUCCCUGGCGGGGACGCUGCUCGCCAUUAAGACGCGCCUCCAGCUAACGGACGGCAUGCUGCCCAUGGCCGAGCUCACCACCGCAAUGCUCACCAAGUGCCCUGGCUGGGGAAGGUCGUACGGGCGACACGCGGCCCACCUGGCCCUCGCCGUCUUCCGGCUCCACGGGCACAGGCACUCGUACGACACCCUCAGCGACCUCGUCCGAAAGACGUCCGACGACCCGAUCCCGUCUUUCGACGACAGCGGCGGUGGCUACGGCGGGCACGCGUGCGGGCUCGGCGCGUGCAGGGUGCUGUCAGAGUCGCUGUCGGCGCUAUCGCUGCCCGGCACCGGAGACGACGCCGCCCGCGGCGGCACCGGCGGGGGGACUGUCAGCAGCAGCGGCAGCCGCAAGAGCAGCCGCAAGAGGCCGGGAGAGCCGCGCCCGCCGUCCUCCCCCGGCGGCGGCGGCGGCAGCGGCGGCGGCAACGCCGACGCUAAGCGGCAGAAGUGGACGUCGUCGUCGUCGAAGUCGGUGUCUGCGUCGGCGCGCAAGCGGCCGGCAGAAGUGUCGGCUUCGAAGCCCGCGAGCUCGACCAAGCGCGACGCUGCCGUGACGCCAAGGGAGGGGCGACGAUGUGGACGACCCAUGGCUGGAGGGAAGGCGAGCCGGCCUGGUUCGGCGGUGGCAGCGGCGCCGGCCCUAUCACUCUUCCGUCACCCUACGGCUGUAGCUCUCAGACCGACCCAGGGGACGGCGGCGGGGGGGGGCAUCGCAGGACUUCUUUGCCGCCGCCGCCGCCGCCGGGGGGCCAGUGGCCGCGAGGCCCAGGUGACAGCAGCAGCAGCAGAAGCAGGCAGCGGCAUCGACGGCGGCAGCGGCGGCGGCCUCGUGUGUGGCGCUUCGAACGGAGGCGGCGGAGGAGGGGGUGGAGGAGCCAAGGUGGCGAGCGUGGCUCACACUAGCGGCGCCCUAUCUAUUCGAGCGGGAGGGAGCGAGGGGUCGGUCGGGGGUGGUGGUGGUGGUGGUGCGCAACCCCGGCGCCCAACGGGUCGGCGCGGCAACGAGCUCGACUUCGUCUGGGAGCUCGGCAUGUUGCUCGACGAAGAUGAUGCUCCCGGCGACGUCGGCAGGGCGUAGUUGCGGGCCAGCUCGAUGGGGAGUUUUGGCAGAAACAAAGUUUUUUUUUUUUGUCGGAGACUGCUCGCCAAGAAUGAUUGGAGAGAGAGGGGGGGGGGGGGGGGGUGAGAGAGACGUUGUGAAGUGUCUUCGGCACAUGCGUGCUUGCCAGAGAUGUUGUUGUGAUCGGUCUUUAAAUGUGCUUCUUUUUUACUUUUACUUUUAGCAAUUCUGCUUUGUAACGUGGCGUGCUGAUUUUUACCAGCAUCGUGCACGGAUGUUGAUAACAGCAAUGCGAGUUGGUCUCGUUUACGUGCAUGUUCUAGGUCGAACGCCAACUUUGAUUUUUCAGUCAGCAAGGGUUUCAAAAGGUGUUUAAUUGCUACAAGGCCAAGCCGAGGGAGGGAACGGGCACUCGUGGGCGUUUCUAAUUGGGGUGUAUGCUGGCGUGCUUUGCGUUACAACGCGGGUUGCGUCGGUGUGAUGUGGAUGCAGAUACAACUUCUUGGACGGGGGGGGGUAGGUCCAGUAGAUAAAGUGACGGGGGUGGGGUGGGGGGAUGUUAUAUUAGUAAUGUUCUUGUACCAAUUGAUGAAAAAAAAACCUUUUUUGUUUAGUUUACCAGGGUCUCGUGUUCCGGUGUGUGCACGGCAGAUGUGCAUGUGUGUCGUGUGUAUGUGUUUACCCAUACGCGUGUUUGUGCGCUGGCCACCACGAGUUUCGAGGGUAGUUAUAAUCUCUUGGGAGAGACGGCGGAAGGGGGGCGGUGUGCGAAAGUUUUGCGAAAGUUUUGCCCGUCGUUUGCUCUUGUCUGUGGAGGCUCUUUUGUUAUGUAAACGUGCGGUACUGUACCGCAGAGGUUGAGGGCUGCAGUGACACGCAUCGGGCUGAUCGUGUGUGUGUGUCUCUCGCCUUCUAGUACGAGAGUAGUGAAGCAGGGUGAGGGUGCGGGCGAAUGUAUGCCGUGGGGUGUAUGUUGCUGACGAUCGAACGGCAUGAAGGAAGAGCAGAACUUGCGCGCGCGAUGGUUUGUUGGACGCACGCGCCAUUUUCUGGCGCGCGCGCGCGCGGAGUUCCUGUGUAGUGCAUCCGUU